AGAGGGACCGUGGGGGUCCAACGGGGUGGAUCCGAGCGGGAUCGGGCCUAGAGGGACCGUGAUCAGGACCGGGACUGAGCGGGGCCGGUGCUGACCGCUAUGGAUCCGCUGCGGGCUCAGCAGCUGGCGGCCGAACUGGAGGUUGAGAUGAUGGCCGACAUGUACAAUCGGAUGACCCAGGCGUGCCACCGCAAGUGCGUCCCCCCCCACUACAAGGAGUCGGAGCUGUCCAAAGGGGAAUGCGUGUGCCUGGACCGCUGUGUGGCCAAGUACCUGGAGGUGCACGAGCGGAUGGGCAAGAAGCUGACGGAGCUGUCGCUGCAGGAUGAGGAGCUGCUCAAGCGAAUGCAGCAGGGCACCGGCACUGCCUGAACCCCCAUCCCGCACCCCAAUAAACCUGGGGCAUCCGCUGUGCUCUCCUCGCC